AUGGCUGAAAAAGAAGCUACGGUGUACAUCGUCGAUGUCGGCCAGUCGAUGGGGGAGCGCCGUCAGGGACGAUCGGUGACAGAUCUAAAAUGGAGUAUGCGCUAUGUUUGGGAUCGAAUCACGGCUACGGUGGCUACAGGGCGAAAGACGGCCAUGGUUGGAAUGCUUGGACUAAGGACAAAUGGGACUUUAAACGAGCUGCAGGAUGAUGAACACUUUGAGAACCUCUCCGUGUUACAGGAAAUCAGGCAGAUGCUCAUGCCAGAUAUCAAGAGGCUGCGUGAUGAGAUACAACCUAGUGAUACUGACAGCGGCGACGCUAUAUCGGCACUCAUUCUGGCUAUUCAGAUGAUCAUCGUCCAGUGCAAGAAGCUCAAGUAUAAGAGGAAGAUCGUCCUGGUCACCAAUGGGCAAGGGCACAUGAGCACUGAGGGCCUCGACCAGAUUACCAGCAAGAUUAAGGAGGAUAACAUUGAACUUGUUGUUCUUGGUGUUGACUUCGACGAUCCGGAAUAUGGUUUCAAAGAGGAGGACAAGGACCCAAUAAAGGCAGAAAACGAAGCUCUCCUGCGAGGUCUUGUUGAAGACUGCGAUGGUGCUUACGGAACAUUAGAGCAGGCCAUUUCGGAAAUGGAGAUCCCCCGAGUGAAGCAGACCAGAAGUAUGGCAACCUUUAAAGGGUAUCUCCAGCUUGGAGAUCCGGGGAAUUAUAAAAAUGCCGUCAAGAUCCCCGUGGAGCGAUACUAUCGAACAUACGUUGCAAAGCCUCCAACAGCCAGCUCGUUUGUUCCUCGCUCGGAUACCUCAGAUAGUCAAGAGGACCCCAAUUAUGCUCAAUCGUCUGCCACUAUCGGUGCAACCCAGGGCAAUCAAUUCGGAGAGGGCAGCAAUCUGACCAGUGUGAGAUUCAUGAGAACCUAUCAGAUCACGGAUGAGAAUGCGCCGGGAGGAAAGGUCGAGGUCGAACGGGACGAGCUUGCCAAAGGUUACGAAUAUGGACGGACUGCCGUGCAUAUCGAUGAAACUGAUCAGAAUAUCACGACCCUUGAAGCACCUAUGGGCAUGGAAUUGAUUGGCUUCGUACAGAGUGAAAAGUACGACCGUUAUAUGCACAUGUCCACCACCAAUAUCAUCAUUCCCGAACGUACCAACGAUGCAGCCGCGCUAGGACUUUCUUCAUUCAUCCAUGCUCUAUUUGAAUUGGAAUGCUACGCUGUCGCACGGUUGGUAGUAAAGGAAAAUAAGCCUCCGCUCAUGGUGCUGUUGUGCCCAUUGAUCGAACCGGACUAUGAAUGCCUCCUCGAAGUACAGCUGCCAUUUACCGAAGACGUCCGUACAUACCGUUUCCCGCCACUGGACAAGGUCAUUACUACUUCAGGAAAGGUGGUCACAGAGCACCGGAAUCUUCCCAAUGAUGAUUUGGUGAACGCGAUGAGCGAAUACGUGGAUAGUAUGGAGCUCGUUGAUGAGGAUGACGAAGGGAAACCUGUCGAGACAUUCCCAAUCGAAGAUGCAUUCUCACCAGUGCUGCACAGAAUCGAUUCAGCGAUCCGUUUCCGGGCAACCCAUCCGAAUGACCCACUGCCACCACCGGCCGAGAUCCUGACAAGGUUCUCUCAGCCACCAGAGGAGGCGGUCCAGAGAGCAAAGAAGUACCUUGACAGACUGACGGAUGUAGCCGAUGUCAAGAAAGUACCACCUAAGUCGAAGGGCCGCAAGCGCACCCGCGAAAUCGAAAAGCCGUUGUCUGGUCUUGACGUCGAUGCUCUCCUCCAUCAAGAGAAGCGUACUAAGAUCUCACCUACCAAUUCCAUCCCCGAAUUCAAGCAAACGCUAUCGCACGCAGAGAACGUCGAUACUAUCAGUGACGCCGUGAAGCAGAUGACGGCCAUUGUCGAAAAUCAGGUCAAGAACAGUCUCGGCGAUGCCAACUAUGACCGGGUUGUUGAGAGCCUUGGUGUUAUGCGCGAUGAAUUGAUCUCCUACGAAGAGCCAGCUUUGUACAACGAUCUUCUGAAACUGCUCAAGGACAAGUUGUUUAAGGAGGAACUUGGUGGCGAUCGACGGGAGCUGUGGUGGCUCAUUCGGAGGAGUAAGAUUGGGUUGAUUGACAGCAAUCAAUCUGAUCGAUCCGAGGUCUCGGAGGAUGUGGCUAAUGAGUUCAUGUCUUCGCGAUGA